UCCGUACCGGCUGAAAUUGAGCCAAUAGCAACGCGCAGCUCCAGUUACACUGCGCAGGUGUCAGACCCCGAGACCCGGGACCCAGUCUGGUCCCAGCCUCCUGCUAUAGGCCUGGUUCAGGGUUCUGUUGCCGACUGUUCCGGACUCUGACUGUUGUUCAGGACUCCGCCGGUUGUUCGGGGCUCUGCCGGUUGUUCAGGAUGCUGCUGGUUCUGUCUGAGGACCAUAAAGAGCAUCUCUCCUUCCUGCCGAAGGUUGAUGCAGCAGUGGUUGGAGAGUUUGGUCGCAUCGCGCUGGAGUUCUUAAGGAGAGGAACCAGUCCCAAGAUCUAUGAGGGAGCAGCCAGGAAGCUGUGUGUUCCUGUGGAAAUGGUGCAGCAUGGAGUGGAAGGCCUGAUGUUCCUGAUGACCGAGAGCUCCAAACACAUGAUCUCUGAAGUGGAUUUCCUGGACUCCGUGUUGGUUUUGGGCUUCGGUGAAGAGCUUAACCAGAUCCUCUUACAGCUCUACCUGCAACACCACAGUCAGAUCCGCAGCAUCCUGAGUCAGCUACCCUCCAACCUGCCUGCCUACCACAACCUGGAAUGGAGGCUGGAUGUACAGUUGGCGAGUCGUCCAGUCCGUCAGCUGGUCAUUCCCACGCUGACGAUGCGUCUGCUCCUGACGGGCCACAGUGACCACAGCAAGAAGGUUCUCCAGACAGACCCCAGUACCCUCCUGCACCUCAUCUCCACACUGGAGGCCGCUCUGGCCGCCAUGAAAACCAGUCACGCUCGCCGCAUAUUUCGCAACAUCAAGUAACCCCCCCCCCAGAUAACUUUCUGUGUAACAUGUGCCUUCUACCACCUGCGAAACAUCACAUGACUGCCUUCAUACCUGGACACAUGAAGCCGGGUCUCUGAGUUCUGCAGCGCAGUGUUGAUCCGAUCCUGAAUGGUAAACUAGGCUUUUGCCCACCUGACUGGCAAAAGGUCGUCGCAUUAUUACCCUAGUUGAGUCACAAUAUGUGCCAGAUGGUAUUGACUGUAUUGUAUAUAAUGUUUCUACUGUGCUGCUGAUAUUGUAUUAAAGUGAAAGACAAAAUGAAA